CUCGGUAAUAUCGCGAGCAGUGCACAUAUUUUCAAUUGCUGCCGCUGAGGAGUAGCAGCAUUUCAGGACCAUUCAUUAUGAGUUAUGCUGAAAAGCCGGAGGACAUAACGAGAGAAGAGUGGAUGGAUAAACUCAACAAUGUCCACAUUCAGAGAGCUGACAUGAACAGGCUCAUAAUGAAUUACCUUGUGACAGAGGGUUUCAAGGAGGCAGCUGAGAAGUUCCGUAUGGAGUCUGGGAUUGAGCCCAGCGUGGACCUGGACUCUCUGGACGAGAGAAUAAAGAUCAGAGAGAUGAUCUUAAAAGGACAGAUCCAGGAAGCCAUCGCACUGAUAAAUAGCCUGCACCCAGAGCUGUUGGACACCAACCGCUACCUGUACUUUCAUCUACAGCAGCAGCACCUGAUCGAGCUGAUCCGCCUGAGGGAGACUGAGGCAGCGCUGGAGUUUGCCCAGUCCCAGCUGGCUGAGCAAGGGGAGGAGAGCCGCGAAUGUCUGACUGAGAUGGAGAGAACCCUGGCUCUGCUGGCGUUCGACAACCCUGAGGAGUCACCCUUUGGAGAUCUGCUCAACAUGAUGCAAAGGCAGAAGGUGUGGAGUGAGGUGAACCAGUCUGUCCUGGACUAUGAGAAUAGAGAGUCUACACCCAAACUGGCCAAGCUCCUGAAGCUGCUCCUGUGGGCUCAGAAUGAACUUGACCAAAAGAAAGUGAAGUAUCCCAAAAUGACAGACCUCAGCAAGGGAACUAUUGAGGACCCAAAGUGAGAACAGCUUUGUGCCAAGAUGGACACACCACUCUCCUGUGAUCUAUUUAUACCCAAGCAGAGACUGACUCGUGCCAGACAACCUUUUCUUUCUUUUUUUUAGGUGUUUUUUUGGGGACUCUUUGAUAACAAAAGACAGUGCAAAGUGGACGGUUGACGUUUUAAAGUGACUUUAAUGCCAGAAAUUACAACUUCCAAGAUAUAAUGCUUUUUUUUAUGAGGUACAUUGUAUGCUUUGUUCAAGCCUGUGAUGUAAAGUUGUGUGAUGAUUUAUCAUUUUACGUAUUUCAGUUAUUAGAUUUUUUUUUCUGUCAGUCGGCAGGGAAAGUUAACACUGUUUGCAUAUGAAGGGUGAGAAUAAAGCCUAAAUUAGGCUUGUAAGACUUAUGUAUUGACCUUGAAAUGGAGUGAAAGAAGCUUUAUAGUUGAUGCUGAAGGAUUGGUUGUCCAAUGUGUAUAUCUGUGUCACAGAUAUACACAUGCUUGUCAUCAAUGUUAGAACAUGGUAAAAGCAGGAACAUCUUAAUGCUUGACUUUCCACUGAGCUGGGUCUUGCUUUUCAUCCCGUGUCAUCUCUUGACAACACUAUACAAUAAUGUGAAUUCAUAUCUGCCUGAACUGAUAGAGGGAAGAUAAAAAAUAUACUUCUUUUGGAACAAAAUCUUUUUGGAACCCAUGUUUUGCUUAGCUGAUAUUAUUUUGCAAUAAAAUCUAAUU